UAGCUUACAGAAUGCUAGAACUCCAGUGCAAAUUAAAUUUGGGGAAGUUGUUGCCACUUCAGUACCAAUGUGUUGCUGCUGUUCAUUGCUGCUGCAGUCAGCUGCAGUCAUGUGAUCCUCAUUCCUUGACAGCUUCCCACAAAUUGAUGGGGAAGCCAGAAGGAAUUAAUACGAUUGCCAGUGCUGGUUACCAUCUUCCUACUAGCAAAGUUUUUGCAAGGGGAAAUUAAGUGGAGAACCUGACAGGGAAUGUGUUAAGUUACUUGGUAAGUCUCCUAUUCCUUCUGCAUGUUCUCUACUAGUCUCGUUAAUUCCUCUAUGCUCAUGCUAUGCUCAAGCAAUCUCUUGCUGUCUUUCCCAUCUGGCAACAACCAUACCUGAAGGAAAAGAAUGGAAAGGAGAAAAGAGAAAGGAGAGGGAAGGGGUAUGGAGAUGGGGAAAGGGAAAAGAGUUUCCAAUGCUCCCUACCACCAUUCCACAAGCAAUGGAAUCUGCAUCAUGCCCAAUCUGCUGGAUCAAGUUGGACAAAUAGAGACUUUUGAAAAAAAGACGAUUCCACAGUAGUCCAGUCCCAAGCAAUGUAGGUUUAAGGUAACCAACACCUUGAAUGACACCCGGAAAUACACUGGUGCCAGUGGAGCUCAUGUAAUAGUGGUGUUACAUUGUGCAGUGUAUCCAACACCAUUUACUACCUGUGCAGCCCCAUUCUGCACCAGUUGAAGUUUCUGAAUGGCUACAUGUAGAGUAUGUCCCAGUAAUCUAAGUGAAAGGUUACCAAGGGUAUGGGUGAUGGUAAGACCUGACUUUCCAAUCGCUCUUGACUGAGAAUUGCAAUCUUCAAAAUUGUCUCAACUCCAUAAGUGUGUGGGUGUGCGAAGAUUGUCUCCCCUUCAAAAAACAGGGAGCUCAACCACAAAAUAACCAGCUUUGAUGGUAAAAUCUGAUGUUCAAAACAGUCAUUCACCAACCAGCACUCCAUCUGGGGGGAAUGUACGGAGAAGAAAUGAUUUGUAUUUUUAAUGAGUUGUAGCCUGAAGAACAAAAAGGUUGUUUACCUUUUUAUUUCCAGUGCAAUCUACUGAUAGUGAUUGAACCAAUUUUGUUACAUCUUAUUCCAAAAGUUCAGGAAUUUAUUAGAUUGAGAGAUAGUAACUCACUGCCCAUUUUCCUGUGAAUUAUAUGAUUGAGGAGGGAUCUUAGAUCUCCUUGGUUCUUACUUUAAAUAUGUAUUUCAACUGCAACUAUAAGAAACAUCCUCUUAUUCAAUUUGUUUCUAUAUCCUUUGUGCAUUCCUAGACCUUUUUUUCUUAAGGAAAACAGUCUCAGUACAUAGGUGGGUGAAAGUAUAUAGACUCAAAAUUUGAAAAAUGUCUGCAGUUAAAUUUGUGGGUCUACCUUAGUAUAAAAAUACAUUUUACUGUAGGUCCUAAUUUAAAUGGCUUGCUGAAUUAAAUGUGUAAUUUGUUAACAUACAUGGGUUUUGAAUUGUGCUUUUAUUUUAUAUUUGUAAAACUUUGGUGGGAAAUGUAUUCUACUUUUAUGAAUAGCUAUGAAAUGGGAGUCUUGUUGUCAAGCAGAGCACUGCAUGCUUGCUCUUACUAUGUGUUUGAUUCAGAUUUAUGUCACUGACUUUAUCUGAAACAGUGGUACAGCUUUCUUUGAACAGAAAAGCCUUUUACAAUGUGCCUUUGACGUGAUUGUUUACAGCAGCCCGAGAUAGUUAUGUACAAUUGGAGACUGGGAACACAGAAGAAAAGCGACAGAAAGACAAGGGAGGGGAAAGCCAAACAAAAAUACCAUACAUGUUCUAUUUCUGCCUUAUGUGACUGUUGGAAAAUUUGUUUUGCUGAUCUUUUUUGGCUAUAGUACGAUUUCAUUAGAUUCUAUUACACCAAUGUAAAUCAGAUAAUCACUUUGGUCAUGUGACUAAUCCUGAUUAUACAUGAAUCCUUAGGGAUUGUAAGCAAGAUAUGUUUCACAAACACAUGCCUUGUGUUUUGAUUAUUGCAUUAAAAGCCCUUGUGGAAUGAAUUUCAUUGGUUGUAAGCAGAUUCUUCAAAGAAAAAAGGCAAGAACAAGGAUAGAAAUAAAGGAGGAGGGGAAUCUUACUAUAAUACUGAAAUGCCUCAUUGAUAUAAGCAGUAAUGAGGUUUAUUGUAAUAGAUGGAAGGAGUUUCCUAAAACAAGCAGGACUUUUAUUUUGAAGUGGCAUAGCAGCUGUUGCUUGUUGCAGUAUAAAGCUGCAGAUCUGACUGGGUCACACAGUGCUGUGUCUGUUUUCAUGCUGCACUGGAUUGAGAGUGGCGCAGGAACAUACAGUCUUGUACUGUAUUUAGCUUCCGUGAAAAAUCAUUUGGUAAUACUUUAACUGAACAAUGGCAGUUGGAGAUGAUAAAAGCUUUGAUGAUGAAGAAUCAGUGGAUGGAAAUAGGCCAUCUGCAACUGCCUCAGGUUUCAAGGUUCCUGCACCUAAAAAACCUGGAAAUCCUUCAAAUACAACAAGAAAGCCAGGAUCUGCUGGUGGGCCUAAGGUUGUAGGCACUACUAAAGAAGGAGGAGCUGGUGCUGUUGAUGAAGAUGAUUUCAUAAAGGCAUUUACAGAUGUUCCUACUGUACAGAUUUAUUCUAGUCGUGAACUUGAAGAAACACUAAAUAAAAUCAGGGAAAUCUUGUCAGAUGAUAAACAUGAUUGGGAUCAGCGCACUAAUGCGCUUAAGAAGGUCCGGUCAUUACUUGUUGCUGGAGCUGCGCAAUAUGAUGGCUUUUUCCAGCAUUUACGAUUGUUGGAUGGAGCAUUUAAAUUAUCUGCUAAAGAUCUCAGAUCACAGGUGGUUAGAGAAGCAUGCAUCACAGUAGCCCAUCUUUCAACAGUUCUGGGAAACAAAUUUGACCAUGGAGCAGAAGCCAUUGUGCCUACUCUAUUCAAUCUGGUCCCUAAUACCGCCAAAGUAAUGGCUACUUCUGGAUGUGCAGCCAUUAGAUUUAUUAUCCGUCAUACACAUGUGCCAAGACUCAUACCUUUAAUAACCAGCAACUGUACUUCAAAAUCUGUGGCAGUAAGGAGGCGCUCUUUUGAAUUUCUAGACUUAUUGCUGCAAGAAUGGCAAACCCAUUCUUUGGAAAGGCAUGCAGCUGUUCUUGUUGAAACUAUCAAAAAGGGCAUUCAUGAUGCUGAUGCUGAGGCAAGAGUGGAGGCACGAAAGACUUAUCUGGGCCUAAGAAAUCAUUUUCCUGGUGAGGCAGAAGUUCUAUAUAAUAGUCUUGAACCAUCCUAUCAAAGAAGUCUCCAGACUUACUUAAAGAAUUCUGGUAGCAUUGCAUCACUUCCACAGUCAGAUAGGUCAUCUUCCAGCUCACAAGAAAGUCUAAAUCGUCCCUUCUCUUCAAAAUGGUCCACCCCCAGUUCUACAAAUAUGGCUAACAGAGUUUCAAGUGGCAGCAAAGCUGCUCCGACCCUAGGAACACUGCAGAGGUCUCGCAGUGACAUUGAUGUUAAUGCUGCCGCUGGGGCAAAGGCACGUCAUGCUAUUGGUCAGCCAUCAGGAACUGGUCGUUUAGCAACUGCUGGUCUAUCUCCAGGAUCAUAUGCUUCACUAGAGGAUACUUCUGAUAAGAUGGAUGGAACAGCUUCUGAAGAUGGACGUGUGCGAACCAAAUUUUCAACACCCUCUAUUGGAAUGGGAAAUUCAAAGGCAGAUUCCAGAGGCCGGAGUCGAACAAAAGUUGUAUCUCAGUCUCAACGUUCAUCAUCGCCAGACAAAAAUGAAGCUGGAAGCCGUUCUGGUUCUCCUGGAAGAGUUUUGACUACAACUACACUUUCAACUAUGAAUACAGGUGUUCAGAGAGUACUCGUUAACCCUGCAACAGCACAAAAACGGAGCAAGAUUCCUCGAAGCCAAGGAUGCAGCAGAGAAGCCAGUCCUUCAAGAUUGUCUGUUGCUCGAGGUAGUCGCAUUCCUCGGCCUAGUGUGAGUCAGGGGUGCAGUCGAGAAGCCAGUCGUGAAAGCAGCAGGGAUACAAGCCCUGUCCGCUCUUUUGCACCCCUUGCUUCCAGGCAUCACUCCAGAUCUACUGGUGCUCUCUACUCUCCAGAUGUUUAUGGGGCUACAGGUUUUGGAAUUAGUCAAUCAAGCCGAUUAUCUUCAUCAGUUAGUGCCAUGCGUGUCUUAAACACAGGCUCAGAUGUUGAAGAAGCAGUAGCAGAUGCCUUGCUAUUAGGAGACAUUCGGACAAAGAAAAAGCCAGUUCGAAGGAGGUAUGAAUCUUAUGGAAUGUACUCUGAUGAUGAUGCUAACAGUGAUGCUUCUAGUGCCUGCUCAGAAAGAUCCUAUAGCUCACGGAAUGGCACGAUACCCACCUAUAUGCGACAAACAGAAGAUGUUGCUGAAGUCCUUAACCGCUGUGCAAGCUCCAACUGGUCAGAGAGAAAAGAAGGUCUUCUUGGUCUACAAAAUUUAUUAAAAAAUCAGAGGACAUUAAGUCGUGUUGAAUUAAAAAGAUUGUGUGAAAUCUUCACGAGGAUGUUUGCUGAUCCUCAUAGCAAGAGAGUGUUCAGCAUGUUUUUGGAAACAUUAGUAGAUUUUAUCCAAGUUCAUAAAGAAGAUCUACAAGAUUGGCUAUUUGUGCUUCUGACCCAACUUCUGAAAAAAAUGGGUGCUGAUUUGUUGGGAUCUGUGCAAGCCAAAGUUCAGAAGGCUUUAGAUGUGACAAGGGAAUCGUUUCCAAAUGAUCUUCAAUUCAGUAUUUUAAUGCGGUUUACUGUUGAUCAGACCCAAACACCAAGUCUGAAGACAGUCAAGCCAGCACUGCAGGACCAGCUUCGUUCUUUUUGGAGUUCCAAGGUAAAAGUUGCAAUCCUUAAAUACAUAGAGACCCUUGCACAACAGAUGGAUCCAGGAGAUUUUGUAAAUUCAAGUGAAACUCGUCUGGCUGUGUCUCGAAUUAUUACUUGGACAACAGAACCCAAAAGUUCAGAUGUUAGGAAGGCUGCGCAAUCAGUGCUGAUUUCUCUUUUUGAACUCAAUACCCCUGAAUUUACAAUGCUGUUGGGUGCUUUACCAAAAACAUUUCAAGAUGGUGCCACAAAGUUACUUCACAGUCACCUCCGGAAUACAGGCAAUGGGGGACAGGGGCCCAUGGGAAGCCCAUUAACAAGGCCUGUUCCACGCUCACCAGCUAGUUGGUCUAGCCCCAUCACUUCACCAACCAAUACAUCCCAGAACACAUUAUCACCAAGUGCAUUUGAUUAUGAUUCUGAAAAUAUGAAUUCAGAAGAUAUAUAUAGUUCUCUCCGUGGAGUGACUGAAGCAAUUCAGAACUUUAGCUUCCGCAGUCAGGAAGAUAUGAAUGAACCUAUGAAACGGGAUUCAAAAAAAGAGGAUGGUGAUUCAAUUUGCAGUGGGACUGGAAUAGAUCUACGAACAGGAACUGGUGUGACUGAUACAGGCCGAACAGCUCUUGACAACAAAACUUCAUUACUUAACACUAUGCCUCCUCAUUCCUCCCCACGGUCACGUGACUAUAAUCCAUACAAUUAUUCUGAUAGUGUUGGUUCUUUUAAUAAAUCAGCUUUAAAAGAGGCUAUGUUUGAUGAUGAUGCAGAUCAGUUUCCUGAUGAACCUUCCCUGGACCAUUCUGAUCUAGUUGCAGAAUUGCUAAAGGAGUUAUCAAACCAUAAUGAGAGAGCUGAAGAACGGAAAGCUGCUCUUUAUGAGCUAAUGAAAUUGACUCAGGAGGAGUCUUUUGGUGUUUGGGAUGAGCAUUUCAAAACAAUUCUUCUUUUGUUACUUGAAACUCUUGGAGACAAAGAGCAUUCAAUUAGAGCCCUGGCACUGAAAGUCUUAAGAGAAAUUUUAAGACAUCAACCAGCAAGGUUUAGAAAUUAUGCAGAACUCACAAUAAUGAAGACUUUAGAAGCUCAUAAGGACCCUCAUAAGGAGGUGGUAAGAUCAGCUGAAGAGGCUGCUACUAUGUUGGCUACAUCCAUUAGUCCAGAUCAAUGCAUUAAAGUACUUUGUCCCAUCAUUCAAACAGCAGAUUAUCCUAUAAAUCUGGCUGCAAUCAAAAUGCAGACCAAAGUUAUUGAAAGAGUACCUAAAGAAAUUCUUGCUCAGCUUUUGCCAGAGAUAGUGCCAGGUUUAAUACAGGGCUAUGAUAACUCUGAAAGCAGCGUUCGAAAGGCAUGUGUUUUCUGCCUUGUAGCUAUUCAUGCAGUAAUUGGUGAUGAGCUGAAGCCACAUCUUAGUCAACUCACAGGUAGCAAAAUGAAAUUGUUGAAUCUUUAUAUCAAGCGUGCACAAACAGGAUCUGGAACAGGUGAUGCCUCAGCAGAUGUUCCAGGACAAAGCUAGUAAUCCUGAAACCCAUCUUUUAACUAGGAGGAAAGGCACAUCAGUAAAAGGAAAAUUCUCAAAUGCAUUUUUGGAGCUCUUCUCCCUCUCAAUCUCCCCCCCCCCCCAAUGAAGGGCUGCUCUCAGCCUGCAUGUGACUGUUCCAGUAAUUCCAUAUCCAAGGAAAAAGACAGUAUUAAUAUCACUUGACUGAAGCAACAUAUUUUUUUAACUAACCCAUCAUGUUUUCUGUUUGCACUCCUCUGUGUGUCUUUCCAUUGAUUUUUUAUCAGUGUUAAUGUACAUUUUUAUUUUUCAAAAAAACUAAUUAAACAGGAAUGCCUUUAAGUUUUAA